CUUACCCCACUGCCAGUACACACGCCCACAACACACCACACAGACCAUGUCCAUGUAUCCCUGGCAUGGUUCCACGACCAACAACGCCGCUGCCUCAUCUGCACCUCGAAUUGACCCGUCCUCGUCCUCCCAGUCCUCUUUUACGAUGCCGGGGUUACGAUGGCUCCCCUCCAUGAUGUCGCGGGGUACGCCUCUCCCCAACCUAUCCUCGAAUCUCCGCAUGGGCCAGGCGCAGCAGCAGCAGCAGCAGCAGCAGCAGCAGCAACAACAACCACAAGCCCAGCCCCAACCACAACCACAGCCGCAAAACUCCCACCCUCAUGCCCAUCCUCAUCCUCACCCCCAUCCCCACCACCAGCGUCAACCCGCCCCCGUUCCUAUCGCAUCGCGCUCCCCUCAGCAGCCCGAAUCCAUCUCCAGUGACGACAGCUACCACUCCGAUGGUGGUGGUGCGCGCGAUCCCACCAACCUGGAAGACUCCGAGUACGCUCCUUCCCCCGACGAUGUAGCCCCGGGAAGUUCCAUCCCCCAUUCCACCAGAACAACCGCUACCAACGCCGGAAUACUACACAAAAAUGCCGCGGCAGGCAACCGGACUGGCCUCCUCAACACCGCCGUCAACCUGAUCCGGCCCAACGCCAUGGAGGAGGACCGUGACGAUGACCCCGACAGCACGAACGGCGGACUAGGCGGCGACAACUCGCGCAAGCACGGCAAACGGCUCACGACCCUCGAGGAGGUGUCCCUGUUCAACAUCUGCAACCGUCACGCCAGCCAAUUCGGCCAACGCAGUAACCUGUGCAAAUGGUGGAUGACCGUGACGGCGGAGUUCACGCGCGACCAGGGGCACCCGUACUCGUGGCAUUCCGUGCGACGGAAGGUGGAGUUUGUCACGAAGCAGCGGAUGAAGUUUCUCGAGGAGCAGCGCGAGAAGGGCGACAGCGCGGCUGAGGAUAUGUCGAAUCGCCAAUGGAGCACGGCUGUGGAUGCGUGGAUCCCGACCUGGCAGAAGUGGGAGGAGGCGGAGGCGCGGCGGAUCGAGAGGCGCGAUUCGCGGAGACCGAGGAAGAGGAAGGACCGGGCGUGGGAGGCCUGGGAUAUGAGUUCAACUGAGGGAUGGAGGGGCGCCGUGAGUCCGGUAGCUGGAGCUGGCACUGCAUCUAGUUCCGCCCCACAGUCUGUGUUCACGACGCCCGUGCCGCAGAACACCGUGCGGUUGCCUCCGGGGUUCGAUAACAUGUUUGGGAAUCAGGGACUGCAGACGCCCACGCCGUCGCCCAUGGUUGGCGUGCCCGCUGGGUAUGCGGCGCAGCGGGCGGCACAGGCCAUGGCCGUGGCAGGCAAUCCGGCAUCGUCAGAUAGCUCCAUGAUGACUGCGAUGCUGGAGACACUGGGCAAACUGAACCGUCAUCUGGACUCCGUCAGCACGCAGCUACCCCCGACCCCAUCCCCCAUUGGAUCGGCCAUGAAGUCCGUCCCACCACCGGAUUCUCGUCCACGCGAACCGCAACACCAGCACCAGCAACAGCAUCAGCAGAAGCAACAUCAACAACCGGGAGUUCAAUCGGUGGAGGAGACCUCCACCAACAGCAGCACCGGUUCCAUCGAGCAGACCGGCAUUUCCCCCGAGAUAAUCAACAAGUUAAAGGAAGAACUCCGCCAGGAGAUGCGCGCGGAGCUAGAAAAAGACCGCGCCACGCUCGAGGAGAAACUGGAUUCCGUUCAGAGAACGCAGGAGAUGAUCCUGGAGAUGCUGAGACAGGAGCCUGCAUGAUCCACCCAUCAUCCACCCGUUUAUCAUUAUCAUCUUUCUACUAUCCUCUCGGUCCCCAAUUCUUUCUUCGCUUUGAUCUCUUGUCUUCCUCGUCUACUCUAUAUAUUUUGUCUGCAUUUUUAUUGGAUGAUACCCAUACCGUUACUGCCUAUUAUCACGACAACGUAUCGAGGAGGUUGUCAGCGAUCCAGAAUCGCUUCUUACGUCUUAUUCUUGUUAUUGAUAUUCACAAACUACCAUUAUCCACCUAACUAACUAAUCAUUACUACUUUCGGGCACAAGAUACAUAGUCACACAUACAUACAUACAUACACACAUACAUACAUACAUACACACACACACAGAC